AUGACACUGUUCUGGCAGUUGUGGCUGCUGCUGUUGCUCUUGUUGAGUGUUGCCAAGCAGUGCUCAACACAAGAAGAUGUUCACGCACGACAACGCAGAAGCAAUAUUCCGUGCGGUACGAGUUUUACGCCGUGCUCAAACGGUCCGCUUGAUUUUGAUGACAACAACGGAAUCAUCGAUGAUGAUGGAGAAGAGACGUUGAUCGCGAACUCCCAAAUACCGAGAUUAAAAAAUAGUGAUGAGGAAUUGGAGGAAAUCGUUUCUCGAAAGAACUUGCUCACUGCGAUCAAGGAUGCACGAUCGGAUAUGAAUGAUUUAUUCAAUAGAACUGAAAGAAGUCUAUUCAUCGUUUCGAAUGAUCAAACUCUAUCACAAGCGGAGAUAAAUUGGUCUGAAAUGUAUCGCAUUGAUCGUUACGCUAAAGACCUCUCGUACUCGGCUCUUACUUCAAUAAAAACAACGCAGCAACUCCAACGACUUGGACUGAGCCCGGCACAAAUUGUCUUUGGGCUGCCGGCAAUGGAAUUAGAAAAAACGGCGUUGAGUGAGAUUUGUCCUGUGAAUGCAAUUGUGGAAUGCGUUGGAAACAAUUAUAGAACAAUUUCGGGUCAUUGUAACAAUGUCAAUUAUCCACUACGAGGAGCCAUUUAUGAGCCCAUGCAACGCUUUUUGAAGCCAGACUAUGCGGAUGAGGUGAGUAAGCCACGCGCGUCAACCAUCGGCGCACCACUACCGAGUGCAAGACGAGUAUCGGUACAACUCGUAACUGAACCGGCUGAAGAGCACAACGUUUGCACGAUGAUGGUUGCUCAAUGGGCCAUGUUCAUCUACGAGGAUAUCGCACAAAUUGGCUCUAAUCGACUCUUCAACGGUAAUCGAUCGCUGAGUUCCCUGAAAAUCACUCACAACACUUAA